ACAAUCACAGAAUUUUCUGAGGCUGCGGAAAUUUAUACCGCACUAAAUUUCGCCGAGGCUGAACAAAGCACCUGAUAAAUUCGCUAUGAAAAGGCAAGAGGCGUAUUUUUGGUGUCGAGGAUCAGGUGAUCACGCGUCUCCCCGCUUCUGACAACCUUGAACCUUCGACAACAUCGCGCCUAUCAGGCCCAAAUCCCGCUGCGGAAGGCUCUCUCACCUUAACUUGAGCCAUUAGGCAUGUGGGUUCUUGAGAACAAAGGCGACGCCUUCAAAGGCAAGAAACUCUGGCUGCGACCAGGGAAGAAAUUCCUCUUUGGGCGCACUCAUACAGAAGAUGGGCAAUUUGUUAUAGAGGACAAGACCGUCUCCAGACAGCAUUUGACAAUCGAGGUGGAUCCCGUCACGGCUGUUGACUGCCCAAAUGCCAGAACCCGAUCGCGCGUCACACUGCAAGACCUCGGCACAAAAAUAGGUACGACGGUGAACGGGCAGCGUUUGGAGAAGAAGACAGACCAUGUUCUUCAGAGGGAAGAUAACGUUAUCACUCUCGGGAAAUACAAGUACAAUUUUCGAUUAACUUGGGUCCCUAUCAUACUCACAUUCUCCUUCUCCACCAAAGACCACAACGCGAAUCCAUACACGAAUCUCUAUGAACUAUUCGGGCCCCUCGAUAUCAAAAUUCUCAUUGAAUACGAACACGGACACACAACACACCUUGUUGCUAAGAAACGCAAUACAUCGAAGGGGCUCCAAGCACUUAUUAAUGGGAAAUACAUUGUCUACAAUCCCUCAUUUGUCAAUGCUUUGGUCGCUUCGGCCACACCAAAUGAGGGAGGACCAGCUCCUUUAGAAGUAGACUUCGAGGCCAAUUUUCCAGACCCGCUUCGACAUCUCCCCCCGAAAGGAGAAGAACCUACACAGCGCGAUGAAACUGCCUAUGAGCCAAAUGCCCUUCGGCAGGACAUGUUUGACGGGUAUACAUUUGUGUUCUACGAAAGACGACAAUACGACACCCUUCUCGCAACAAUCACAGAAGGUAAGGGAAAGGCUAUGAUAAGUGAGGCUGUUCCGAACGAGACGACUGUCGACGGUUUUGUUGAAUACGUCAAGAAUGUUGCUGGUGAAAAGGGUCUUGGAGAGUUUGACGACGGCAGCGAGGGCAAGGGAGUUGUUGUUGUCCGAUUCAAUCCUGUCAAAGGGGCUGGCGCCGACUGGUAUGCAGAUUUUGGCCGAAAGGUUCAAAUGCGUCUUGAUCAUCGCUUUGUUGAACAGAAUGAGUUCCUUGAUGCUAUUCUAGGAAACGAUGCAAGUGUUCUACGGCGACCUCUUGAGAUAGAACUCUCCGGAGUGGUGGCGCCGCCCCCAACAGCAGCUACCAAUUUGACCUCACAAACCAUUCAAAUAUCCCAGCUUGCUCCGACCACCCAAACCGCGGAAGAGAUGGCUCCACCUGAGCCUCCACGACGGGGUAGAGCUCGCCGGGGCGCCAGGGCGAAGUUUACAGGUUUUGAAGAUGAUUUCAGCGUUCCUGUGAGCUCAGCACCCGAGUCUAUGGCUGUAGAUGAACCAGCAGUUGAGUCUCAGAGUCUCUUCGUAUCACAGAAUACAGAAGUAGACGUGGAUCAAGAGACAUCUCAACCACCAGAGACACAAACCCGGAGCAGUCGAAAGAGACCAGCAUCCCCUAUUAUCGAAGAAGAGGAAGACAUCAUGGAUAUCAUGGCACCUACCACAGCAGCUUUGAAGCGCCGCCGUCUUGAACGAGGAGAGCCAACACCUCCACCUCCAGCGCCUAUCGUCGAGGCGAAGCCAGCACCUGCCAAACCUGCAAAGCCCGCAAAGAAAGCCAAAAAGGAAAUCGACAUCCUCGAGAUAGCACGCCAGAGACGUGAGGAGGAAGAGAAAGCCAAAGCCGAGCGCGAGAAAAUCCAAGAGCAACUGGAAAGAAUGGACAUCCACGAGCGUCCGGAAAUCGAAAUCGCCGAAAUGGAAGUAAAGCGGUCAGUUCCACCUUCUCGAGCCGCGGCACGCGCGGAUGAGAGUGAGCGCUGGGAUGACAAAUGGAACGGUCGCAAGAACUUCAAGAAAUUCCGUCGUCGAGGUGGUGCUACGGGUCCUGUCCAGGAGAAGAUCAUCGUCCCGCUGGAGGAGGUCAAGAAGAAGGAUUUCGGGAUCGGCGAUGAUUAUUGGGACGAUGGGGACUCUCAGCGGCGGAGGAAGAAGGAUAAAGGCAAGGGGAAGGAGACACAAGAGGCCAGCCAGAGAGAACUGGAGAUCCAAGGCCGGUCUUCUAAUAAGAGCCAGAGCCGUGCUGCGGAGAAGGCAUCGCGGAUCCUGGCUAGUGAGGCCGAGGAUGAACUUGGGGUUGGUAGUGUUUGGGCGAAAGGAGAGCAGCUGUCUUCAGACUUGGAUCUCGAGAUUGUUGCUCCGCCCCCACCGCCGAAGAAAACUGCUGCUACCAGUAGUCGGUCUCAGCGCACCCAGACUCAGACAUUGGUCGAUAAGACGAACGAGACGCAGAACUUGGAUUUACCGAGUAGUAGUAAGAGUGCGAGUGCAGCUGGGAAGGGGGGUAAGAGGGUUGCGGAGAAGGUGUUGACGAAGCCGGCACCGGCGAAGAAGGCGAGGCCGACGAAGCUGACGAAGGCGGUGAAGGAUAGUGAUGAGAGUGAUGAUGACGACGAGCUGAAGUUUCGCUUUAAGAAGCGAUAGGGAGGGAGAUUGUAUUUCUGGCAGGCAGGUUGCUUUUGGGGGAGAAUUGGAUGGAUGGACGGAGGAAAAAGGGGUAUCAUAUCUAUUAUCCGUCUAUAUACCCGUCCCUAUCUAGCUCUGUCUUCUUCUAUCAUCAUGCCGCAAUGCCAUGUAA